UAGUCACUUCAUAACCCCAAACACGUCAAAGAAGUUGGUCGCCGAGGCCAGUUGGUGAGAAAAGACCCCUGAAACCCAAUUGUUUAGUGACUCAUAUCGCUUUAGAAUCAUUAGACACCAGACAACUGAGUGUUAACAGAGCGAACUUUAUUGUGGACUUGUCGAGUGUUUUCACGAUGGAGGAUCGGAAGGAAGACAACGAGGCAGAGAUCCAAGAGCACGGACCCGAGCACUGGUUCUCACACUGGGAGAGUCAGUGCCUCGCCGAGGCCGAGCAACAAGAGCCCAGCGAAGAGGAGGUCGACCACAACCGAGAGAAACUAUGGCACAUGUUUCAGAACUCGGCUACGGCGGUGGCGCAGGUUUAUAAAGAUCGAGUUAGCCAUCAACAAGGACUGUCCCUGUGGGUGCCUUUUCAGAACGCAGCGACAGCCGUGACCAAUCUGUACAAAGAAAGCGUGGACGCGCAUCAGAGGAGCUACGAGCUCGGGAUCCAGACGGGUCAGCAGAGACGCAACAAGGAAGUGUUGGCCUGGGUAAAGAAGCGACGAAGGACCAUCCGGAGGGAGGAUCUGAUCAGCUUCCUGUGUGGCAAAGCUCCGCCCCCGAGGGUCUCCAGAGCCACGCCCAGAAUUCCACCCAAUUGGCCGCCUCCGUCGGAUUCGGUCUCCUCUGUAGAAACAGACCUGCAGCCUUUCCGUGAAGCCAUCGCAUUGCACGGUCUGAGCGGCGCGAUGGCCGGCGUCAGCGUCCGUCCCGGCACUCCGGGCUCUCCCACUCACGUGAGCGGCGGCGGCUCGAACCCGGGCCGCAGGAGAAACGGUCUCCACGACGUCGACUUGAACACGUUUAUAGCGGAGGAGAUGGAGCUGCACCUGGAGAACAACGGCGGUGGCAGGAAGCGCACGAGCGCCCAGUGCAGCGACGUCAUCACGGACUCGCCAACCCACAAACGCAACAGGACGAUCUGAGCUCGAGAACGCACACACACACACACGCACAAAUACACACACACACAUGCUGCUCGAUAACAAAGCCACUUAAUCCUCAGUAUGUUCCUGUUCCAGUUUGAAAGGAAGCCAUCGAACGUGUAAAACACGCAGACGCUCUAGUACCUCGACGUUCACGUUAUUUUACUGUUUUUUGCCACGUGAUGAUUAAUACGUAGAAGGGGGGAAAAAACACGGAGCAUUCUCAAAGGGACACGUCACCCAAAAAACGCUCACUUAGUGCCGAACAGCUAGCUUUCACACGUGACGCACGUUUUACUGAAAGGAUCUUAAUCCUUAAGAAAGGAGAUACAGACGACCACAGCACUGACUGUCCACAGGGGGUGGAGCUACACCUGAUCAACUCCUCCUCGCAACUCCUCGUGAAGUUGUCUACGCCCAGGUAGGAGGAGCUAGAUGAGGUCUGACUCCACCCCCCCUGCAGUGCGUAGGGGAGGGGAAAUGGCAGAUUUGUGACGUCAUAUCGGAAAUAUUUCAUCAGUGCUUUUACACUGUAGCUAAAAUCAAACACACGUAUUCAACGGAUUAAAAAAAUAAAUAAAUAAAUACAAAAACGUGCGAAAGUGAAAGCCGCCUCGGAUCGACGGUCCGUACAGUGAGGGAUGUUUCUGGGUGAAAGUAUCAGGGCUCAAGCUGCCAUCAUCACAACACACCACAGUAACUGUGCAUUAUAUAGAGAUAUAAAUAAACGCAGUGUUGCCACUUUAUCCACACAGAAACUCUCCGGAAGUUUCUAGGAUUUAUUCCUUACAAAAGCCACGUUUAAUAUAUAUUUAAUAUACAUGUAUAUUUUCUUUGUCUCGCUUUUCGCCGCACGCACAUCACGACGUUAUUAUGAUGAUUUCUGCCCAACAUGCCGUCUCCUGGGGGGGGGGUAAAAAAGUGCCGUAUUUGUGUUUAAAUUAAAGAAGAAGAAGAAAAAAAAAGAUUGACCCAUCAGUAUACACUUUAUUUGCAUUUCUGUUGUUAAAGUUGUGUAUUAAAGGUACAGUACCAGUUAGUACCUAAUCCCCCCCUCCUCCCCCCCCGAGACUGUAUGAAGAACAAUAUUUCAAUUCAAUCUGCUGCUUCUUCCGAUCUGAUCCAGCUGCAAUAAAACUCAACCUAACCUCGAGCUCCACCUUUUUUUUUUUUUUUAAGCUUUCCUACAUCUUUAGAUUUUUUUUGUGCAAUAAAUAAAAGGGUCACUGUUUCAAAAUCAUGUGGAAGAGGGAACUUUAUUGCUGGUGGAUUUGAAGUGAGGGUUCGGGGCGAAGACGUGGUCCAUCCCGAGGUCUUUACCUUCCCACGACACGCCGUCUUAUCGACCGACUGAAACGACGUUAGUUUUUAUCGUGAGAGGAAAAUAAAACGUCGAUCUACGUAGUUAUAAAAAAAAGUUUUUUUUGUUGAAGAAAAAACGAGUUCAGUUUGAAUUGUUGCUGUUGGAAAAAAAAAGUUGUUUAAAAAAGGUUUUGAUCCUGAACGAACCACAUGACCUCCUCUUCCUCUUCCUCCUCUCUUCCUCUUUCCUUAGUACACGUUAAGAAACACUACGUGUCCCAGGUAACGCAGGAUCCAUUUACACUUUACUUCCGUUUUCCAUAAAAAAAUAAAAAUAAAUAAAAAAUCAAACGCUGCCGUUCCUGAAAACCGCUCGGUCGCAGUUUGACUUUUAGUCGUAUGUUUAAAAAAUGUGAAGUUUACAGCAUUCUGACAGAAAUGUUAGUAAAUUAUUUGCUGGAAUAAAACUAAAAAUCUUGUAA